ACAUAGACCAACGACACAUAGCAACGACACAUCUACACGUUAGAGUUCUACGUAUUUUUGAAACAAAUGGAACCCCAUAUUUUAAAAACAGGGGGGAAGAUGAUAAAUGUAUUCGGUUUCAAUUUUCUCCGGAAGAGCUGAGCUGAGAAUGGGAAAACGUGAAUUUCAUUGACAAACCAAUGAAAAGGAGGCCACAAAUAGCAACAGAUGACGUCGCAUGUGACGCACACACCGUUGCAACGUCAAAUGUCGUCCCCCUCCUCCCACUCGCUCGUGCCAUGCGCACUGGCUGUUGUUGUUGUUGUCKUUUGAGCUAGUUGUUAUGGCUGGUCGAGGCCUCGGAGUCAACUGAGAGAGGAGGUCCGCACCACCCAGCCUCCGCCACGGGACACCCGUCACCCAUGGAGGGCACGGACAUGGACGUGGACGCGGAGCUGAUGCAGAAGUUCAGCUGCAUGGGCACCACGGACAAGGACGUGCUCAUAUCGGAGUUCCAGAGGCUGCUGGGCUUCCAGCUGAAUCCCGCCGGCUGCGCCUUCUUUCUGGACAUGACCAACUGGAACCUGCAGGCUGCUAUUGGUGCAUAUUAUGACUUUGAAAGCCCCAGCGUCAACACRCCAUCCAUGUCCUUUGUGGAAGAUGUUACAAUUGGCGAGGGAGAGUCCGUUCCUCCAGAUACGCUGUUCACAAAAACCUGGAGAAUACAAAACACRGGUGCGGAGUCAUGGCCGCCAGGGGUUUGUCUCAAGUACAUCGGUGGGGAUCAGUUUGGGCAUGUAAAUGCAGUUAUGGUGAAGUCUUUAGAUCCACAGGAAAUCUCAGAUGUGAGUGUGCAGAUGAGAAGUCCCACUAACCCAGGCAUGUAUCAGGGUCAGUGGAGGAUGUGUACAGCUGCUGGAUUAUUCUAUGGAGAUGUAAUCUGGGUGAUUCUCAGCGUAGAGGUCGGAGGUCUCCUCGGCGUGACGCAGCAGCUUUCUUCCUUUGAGACAGAAUUCAACACGCAACCCCAGCGCAGCGUACAAGAAGACUUCAACCCCUUUGCUUCGCCACAGAAGAACAAGCACGAUGCCACGGACAACGGCUUCAGAGAUCCAGAGGAAGCCUGGGAACGCACACAAGAGCCACUUCAGCAGGAUCAGAAUGGACUGUCUCAUAAUGCUGUAAAUAGGACCUCAAAUGGUCUCCAAACCAAUCUUUCCAUGGUGACUUAUGGCCAGGGUAUUCAUGGUCCGUAUCCAUUUGACCAGAGCUAGAAUGACAAAGACCCCCUCCUCCACACCCUGAGAGAGUUGGAUGGGGGGGGAAAGAACAGUUGUUUUAUAUUGACUCAUGGCAACUCUGUCCUGCAAACCCCCACGGAGCUUUUCACAGAAACUCCAGUCGACAGUAAGCUGAUGGAUCACGUGUGCCACAGAGAAACAUGGAGUCGCAUGAAUGAGGCAUUUAAAGAGUGCUAUAAACCUUUAAAGACAGCUACAUGUGACUAUUUUUUUUUCACUGUAAAACUUGCCUAAUUGAAGAGAAAAUCAUCCUAAACUUUCAGCAUAAUUUGGAAUUUCUGUGAGCAACUUUCUUUCUUUGAGGUUCCUACCCAAAUCUGAAAUAUUUUGAAAUAACUCACAUUGUUCAAAAAAAGCAAUAGUCAUAUUUUCUUUCAGCCUUAAAUAGUUCUUAAACAGAUUGAAACAAUGAACUCCCUUUUUUUUUGUUGUAAACGUUUAUUUUUACUGUUGUGAAGUCCUUUAACAGCCUUACAUUAUGACAAGUCUGACUUGUUUAAGACGGCUCUUUAAAAAUGUUUUAAACAUUAUUACUAUUAUUAUUAUUAUUACAUUUUGAGAGCUAUACAUAAAAGUUGACUCGUGAGGAAAUCUGUUUUGCAGCGCUAAAGAAAUAUCCACAUCCAUCAUUUGUGGAUAUGAUUUAAAUUUUAAAUCAUAUGUUGGUGAUACAGUUUGUGAUCAAACUUUAUUAUUGAUUUAUUUGUAUUAUUACUUUUCUUUGUUAGGUCUUGUUUAAUUGCACAUCUUAGAUUGUAUUUCAGGUAUUAAAGACUUAGUGCCCAUUUUAAAACAGAAUUAGAUAAUUUAGGAUUUAAAGUCAGGCGUUUUUUGUAAAAUAARUCAACAAAAGUUGUGCCAAGACGUUUACCGAACUUUGAUAAACUGUAACGUUACUGCACGGAGUUCUUCGUUUCGGACUCAAAAUGUGCAGCUUUAAGCUUUUUAUGAGACUAAAUCAAGUGGUCGCUCAUCAAACCGUACAGACCUGUUAGCUUUAGUCUGAAUGGAGUUAUUUUUAUAAAACACAAACAAUGAAAUGACCUGAAUACUUGCUUAUCUGAGGAAAAAUAUCAACCAGUAACGUAAAACUGAAGCUGCAACACUAAACUUGUGCUUAUCAUUUUUCUUCAAAAUUAUUUAAAAAAAAGAUCAAAUUCAACUGUUGAUAUUGUCAGUUCUUGUGUAGGAACCCCGUUUCUCCCAAAGAAACAAACGACUCCAGAGAGCGAGACACUAACCUGUCUGCAGGUGCCCGGUUCAGACGGCCUGAGAACCACGUGCAUUUUUAGAGUCGGGUCUGAUUCAGACCUGAUGGGACCGGGUGCUUUUUUAUAGGAUGGGUUUUCACUUUAAAGAAGUGCUGAAACACAACAACGAUGCGAGUGAGUUUUUUUUUUUUUCUGAGCGGCGUGAGAAAGGGUUGAAAAAGCCAUCUGAGUCUUGGUUGUCUGGUGAGCGACUGUGGUUGUGUUCAUGUCUACAGUUUGUGUCCUAAAAUGUAAAAAGAAGACGUUUGUGCGAGCGUGCCUGUUGCGUGUGCAUGAACGUGUUUUUAUUUUGUUUUUGUUUUUUUUGAACUGACAUAAAAAGGUGUAUACUACUUGGGUUAAAGAUGACUUGAAACAUACACAUCAUGCAGGAGAGCUUUAAUCGGCGUGUACCUCACAAGUAUUUCUGAGUGUUUUUUUUUUUUUUGCGUCGUCCGGAUGAAGUGAUUUAACAGUUACCCUGAUAUUUAUUUGCUGUUUUUUUUUCUCUCUGUGCACUGCAGAGUCGAAGUGCUCCCAUUAACUGCCAGUAGGUGGUGCUAAAAUUCUGAUGACAAAGUUAUGCUGCAGGAGAAAAAGUUUUGAGUGAGAAGCUGGUAGAACGGUCUGAAUGUGAGAGUCAUUGGUUUGCAUCGGCAGCAUUGUUAGCAGUGUUCUGUUGAAUGCUAUUUGCACUAUCUUGUCAACCGCGUUUGGUGAGGAAAAACGAGAUUUGUUUUAUUUUUUUCUUUUGCUUUUUGUGGAUUGUGACACCAGCAUUUAAAAAAAAAAUCUGUGGGUUUGAUUCGUUUGUUCCUCAGCGUCUGAACAUUCAGAUUUGAAACAUCUGUUUGACGGUGACAGAAAUGUUAAAACGAGGAUUAUUUUACCGAUUUUUUUGUAUUUUGAUCACUUGAAUGAGUUUGUCUGCCGUUACACCUGAAGAUCAGCUUUGCAUUGUUCGUUAUGUCUGACUGUAAUUUUCAUGUUUUUUGUUUGUUUGUUUGUUUUUUUCUUUCUUGGCUUAAAAUAAAAAUGGAACAAGUUAUUGAUAGAACUUUGUGGUUCUUUUUGUCUCAAGAAGUGUUCAAACCAAAUUAUGUGUAAUUUUGUUUGUUUGUCGUUUCCUCCAAGUUCUGUUAAUCAAGAGCAUGUGAAGUUUGUCUCUCUGUUGUCGUGCGAACGUAUUAUGAAGCAGCAGUUGGUGUUGCGGCGGUGUUGUGUUUGUGUUGAGAGUCCUCUUCCCAAACAGUAUACACUGUUCUUCGUUGCCUCUUUUACUCCCAACGUUUUGAUCGAUUGCUUUGUGUGUCUGCUUCCCUGCUCUGGGAUUGCUGGUCAUGUGACGGAUGUUAAAAUAGUUUUAAAAAUUGCUGUUUUUUUUUUUUUUACGUUUACAUGGAUUUGUGAUGGGUGGCAUGGUGAGUGGAUGAGAUGAAAGUUUACAUAGUCCUUAAAAAUUAGCACAUUUAUCUGAAGAGGAAUUGUCAAAACAAAGCUUUUUUUCUGUAUCUUUAGUUAAGCAUUUUUAUGAUUAAAUUAACACUGAAACGAU